CUAGAAACUGUCCCAGAGCUGCCUGAGAACUGGACAGACACUCGGGAGACGCUGCUCGAGGGGAUGCUCUUCAGCCUCAAGUACCUGGGCAUGACGCUGGUGGAGCAACCCAAGGGCGAGGAGAUGUCAGCGGCCGCCGUCAAGAGGAUCGUGGCCACGGCCAAGGCCAGCGGGAAGAAGCUGCAGAAGGUGACUCUCAAGGUGUCGCCCCGGGGGAUUAUCCUGACUGAUGGUAUCACCAACCAACUCAUUGAGAACGUGUCCAUUUACAGGAUCUCCUACUGCACAGCAGACAAGAUGCAUGGCAAAGUAUUUGCCUACAUCGCCCAGAGCCAGCACAACGAGAAUCUUGAGUGCCAUGCCUUCCUCUGCACCAAGCGGAAAAUGGCGCAGGCUGUCACCCUCACAGUAGCCCAGGCCUUCAAAGUUGCCUUUGAGUUUUGGCAGGUAUCCAAGGAAGAGAAGGAGAAGAGGGAGAAAGCCAGCCAAGAGGGAGGGGAUGGCCUGGGCGGGGGCCGCGGCGACAGCACCCCCUCGUUGAAGAACCUGGUCGCCACUGGGAACCUGCUGGACUUGGAAGAGAUGGCCAAGGCCCCGCUGUCCACGGUCAGCGCUAAUACCACUAAUGUCGACGAGUCACUGAGGCCUCAAGCCUUGAAUAACAGCAGCGUUGUCUGGGAGCUGGAUGAUGACCUGGAUGAAGCAUUUUCAAGGCUCGCCCAAUCUCGGACAAACCCUCAGUUCCUGGACACUGGACUGACAGCACAGGACAUCCAUGACGCCCAGUGCCUCUCACCCGUCGACUGGGACAAGCCUGACAGCAGCAGCACUGAGCAGGACGAUCUCUUCAGCUUCUGAGCGCCCAGGGCUGCCGGGGCAUGUGACCAAAGUCUCCUGCGGUUGGGGUGGGGCAGCCCCAGGACCCCCAGCCACCCUCUUCUGGUGCACAGCACUGUCAGCCUACAGAUCACAGCUGCAGCCAGCCAAGCAAAGGAAAGGAACCUUUUUUUUAAUCCCGCUGUCUAAGAACUGAAAGGUGCCUUGAAUAUUUAUUCAGUGACUUCUGGUUCAACUCGGAAGCUGGUUCUAUGUCAGGCACAAGCGCAGUGUUAAAACCAGCUUCCUGCCUUCUCUUGAGCAAGCUCUGCUCUGCUGUGGGUGUCCGGACAGUGACCAAAGCAUUUCUUGUCCCUUUUCUCUAAGGACCCAGAUUUCCCUGGAGGCAGCCCUGCUCCUCACUGAAGGCAGUAGGAGCAUUCAUUUCUGUCACCUUCUGAGCACAGGAGGGCACUGCAGCCUCAUAGAGGACUGCAUCCUUCUGCUUGUCUGCCGCAGGGGCCCCAGCAGGCCUGGGUUUGAGCCCCUGGACCUGGGGAUUCUCAGAGACAGAGGGGCGGCCCCUGACCAAAGAUGACACACAGCUGGCACUUUAAAGCACACACAACAGGUGUGGCUCCCAGGGUGCACGACGGUGUUGCGGUGCAAAGAGCUUUCUUGCUGCCCUUCCACGAGAAGGGGCCCAAAGUCCCCGAGGAUGGUCCGUCAGUGCUCUGACCCAGUGUGACCAGCUGCCCAUGGACUCCCAGAGUCUGCUGCAUGGCUGCCCUCCAGUGGCAUCCCCCGCCACUUUUCCCCAUAUGGAUGAGCUGUGCUCACUCCUCCCUUUUAUCUGUGUCUGAGUGUCCCUGAGCCCCACCUCCCGUACUUCCUGGAUUUGAGGAAGAAUAUUUUGUUGCCCUUUUAUAGAUGAGAAAACUGAGGCCACCAGCGUGAAAGGGGUAGAGUCUAGAGUAGAACGCAGACCUGAUGCCAAAGCUGCCUUCUCACCUAUGCCUCACACAGUUCACACAUCCUUUUUUCUAGCUUUGUUGUCCUCCCAGAAACCAAAAACCCCAGCUAUUUCAUGACCAAAAUGUGUUUUGUAACAAACCAUCUGGUGCCUUUCCACACAGAACUGGCAGGGGCCUCCGUGCCCUGCUCGCUGCCUCAUUGCUGUUGAUUUCCGGGAAAAUGGAAUUGUUUGACGUCUGUUAAUUCAGGCGGUUAAACAAAACCAAACUCUAAGCAUCCUGACACUCUUGACCUCCCGGGUCAGGACACACCAGCAGCAGCCUGUUUUCAGGGUCUUCCUUCCUGCCUCCGUCUUAGUCUCCACAGGGCUCCCCACAUCCUGAAACCCAGCCAAGCUGCCAGCACUUCACCAUCAUGAGGUGCCUCCUGGGUCUUGCUUUGCUAAUCUUAAGUAAGACACUGCUGAUAGUCAGAGCAGGUUUCCCCAGCCCAGGAAAACACCAUUUCUUAGAAUCUACUUGUCUAAGCACUUAUACCAAAACACAAAGACAGAAGUGCCUGGGUGAGGGGCGGGGUAGGGUUUGUAGGGCCUUUAUCAAAAUACAACUUCCUUUCUCUGCUCAGCCCCUACACCCCUGCUGCUCUCCCCUGACCUUGGUAUCAGCCCCUGUUUUUGUCAUGAGGCAGCGUGGGUUGGGCCUGACAAGCUGUCCUUGGCACUGGGGUCCAGGAGCCCUGAGAAGGGCCGGGCUGUGUUUGUAUAUGUUGGACUGCGGCCUUCACCGUGGUCUCUGGGCACCUGCGGUUGGUGUGCUCCCCGUGUGCCUACAGAUAAGUCUUGUGCUUUUCUCCGUGUUGUUGUAAAGGAAUUUCUAAUGAGGAAAGGACAAGUAAUAAAUGCUCUCUUUUUGGAAACACAAA